AUGUCAAACUACUACAACCCUCCACCAAACCAAGGCUACGGCGCCGGUCCCUCUGCCGGCGCCGGCGCCCAGAACCUCCAGUUCUACCCCUCCUCCUACGGGCCCGGCGUCCAGGGCCAGGGGAACCCCCAGCAGGCUUCCUACGGAUACGGCGCCCAGCCGGGCGGCCAGUUUGGCGGUGCGGGAUCGCCUGGGUUCGGCGGCGGAUUCGGCGCCGCGCAGGUGUGUCGGGACGCAUGGGCGAGCAGGGCGGUCUGCGCACCGGCUGGCUCGCCGCCUUUUCGACCGAGGGUACGACGGCGAGCCGCCGCUGCUGGAGGAGCUGGGCGUCAACUUCAAGCACAUCCAGACAAAGACCCUCGCCGUCCUCAACCCCUUCCGCCGCAUCGACCAGCACAUCAUGGACGACUCGGACCUCGCAGACCCCAUCCGGCCAUGUUCGUCGCCAUCCGACCGCAUAUAUGGAGCAUGCGCCCUCCUCCAUUCGACUACCCGCUCGCCCUCUUCUACUUCGGCUUCGGCAUUCAUGGGCGUCUUCAGCUUCGCGGGGGGAGGCACCCUUGGUGCGGCGGCGGGCUGGGCUGA